UGCAGGUUGAAAGUCCCGGGGUGAGCUCAGCCCAGUCCCAUCUCAUCCCAUGCAGGUUCUGCCACGGCCAAGCCUGAGCCGGUUCCACCGCCAGAGCAGAUGGAGGUGCCUGAGAUACCAGGCUGUGCCAGCACAGGUGGGUGCCAAGAGGGAGACUCCUGGUGGUCUCUCAGAGCUGGGUGGGGGGAGACACUGGCUGUGCCACUCUGUCCCCCCAGGGUGGUUGGUGGUCCCCAAGGUGGAGGCAAACUCCGAGGGUGAUGAAGAGGAGCCGGGGGGCCCGGAGAGGAGCUGCUCAGAGGACUGGCUGGUGAGGAAGGUGAAGGUAGAGGAGGAGGAUGAGGAGUGGCCAGUUGGCACCGAAGCCCUGCUGGCGGGGCAGCCCCCGGCUGGCACUGUGCCCCAUACUGCUGGCAUACCAGGCUGCACUGGCAGCUGCAAACUGGAACAGCCAUGCCCGGAGGAGCUGGGCUACGGCGAGCUGCCCACCUUUGCCACGCCACCAUGGCUGCCACAAGGCCAGAGCCAAGAUGGUGCCAGCGCCGAACCCGGCGGCUGCGAGCACUGCUUCCAGGCGCGGCUCGGCCUGCAGCUGCCGGCGGCUGACCCACAGAGCUGCGGUGCCGCGGCGCCCCUACGGCCCUUCACCUGCACCCAGUGCGGGAAGGGCUUUGGGAAGAAGGCGCACCUGACGCGGCACCUGCGGGUGCACACGGGCGAGCGGCCCUUCGCCUGCACCGACUGUGGCAAGAGGUUCAGCCAGAAGAUCCACCUGCGCUCCCACCAGAAGACCCACACCGGCGAGCGGCCCUUCCCCUGCGCCGACUGCGGCCGCCGCUUCCGCAAGAAGACGCACUUGGUGCGGCACCAGCGCACCCACACCGGCGAGCGGCCCUUUGCCUGCGCCCACUGCCCGCGCCGCUUCGCGCACAAGCAGCAUCUCCUCCGCCACCAGCAGCUGCACGAGGAGCCGGUGCCGGAGCCAGUACCAGAGCCGGUGCUGGCGCCAGUACCAGCAGAUGGGGCCACGGCGCUCAGCGACGAGCAGAAGCCCUUUCCCUGCCUGGAAUGCGGGAAGAGCUUCAGCUGGAAGAAGAACCUCUCAUCCCACCGCCGGCUGCACUGCGACGGCCACCCCUUUGCCUGUGCCGAGUGUGGCCGUGGCUUCGGUGACAAGCGGCACCUGACGGCGCAUCUGCGGUGCCACGCGGGGCUGGAGCCCUUCGCCUGCCCUCGCUGCGACCAAACCUUCAGCCACAGGCUGGAGCUGGCUGCCCACCAGCGCAGCCACGGCAGCGAGCGUCCCUUCGCCUGCCCGCUCUGCGCCCGCGCCUUUGCCCACCGCCAGCACCUGCUGCGGCACCAGCGGGUGCACACUGGCGAGCGGCCCUUUCCCUGCCCACAGUGCGGCCGCCGCUUUGGCUCCCGCACCAACCUGCUGGCCCACGCCAAAGCCCAUGCCGGCACCCGGCCCUUCGCUUGCCAGCUCUGUGGCCGCAGCUUCAGCCGCAAGUCCCACCUGGCGCGGCACCAGGCGGUGCACACUGGCACCCGGCCUCAUGCCUGCACCCAGUGCGCCAAGCGCUUCAGCUCCAAGACCAACCUGGCACGGCACCAGGCCGUGCACACCGGGCAUCGGCCCUACGUCUGCACCCACUGCGGCAAGAGUUUCAGUCGCAAAACCCACCUGCUGCGGCAUGAGCGCACCCAUGCCGGCAACGGCCCGUUCCGGUGCUCCCAGUGCGGCAAAGGAUUCCGUCAGAAGCAGAGCCUGAUCACCCACGAGCGCAUCCACACCGGGGAGAAGCCGUACCGCUGCGGCGACUGCGGCAAGAGCUUCAGCCAGCGCCCCAACCUGCUGACCCACCGUCGGGUACACACCGGCGAGCGCCCCUUCCCCUGCACCCAGUGCGGCAAGAGCUUCAGCCAGAAAGCCAACCUGCUGGCACACCAACGCAUCCACGCUGCCGGGCAGAAGACGCUGGGCGAGAAUGAAGACGGCACCAAGCCCAAGCUGCGGGCGCAGUCGCGCAGCUACCAGGAGGACACCCCCUUCGUGUGCCCUGAGUGUGGCAAAAGCUUCCGGCAGAAGCCCAACCUGAUCACGCACCGGCGCAUCCACACGGGCGAGCGUCCCUUCACCUGCUUCUUGUGCGGCCGCAGCUUCAACCAGAAGACCAACCUGGUCACCCACUACCGUGUGCACACCGGCGAGCGCCCCUUCGCCUGCGCCCAGUGUGGCAAGCGCUUCACCCAGAAAACCAACCUGGUCACCCACCAGAGCACCCACACCGACCUUCGGCCCUUCCCCUGCGCCCAGUGCCAGAAGUGCUUCAAGGACAAAGUGUCUCUCAAAGCCCACCAGAAGACCCAUGCCCCGCGCCAGCGGCGCUGCCCCGGUCGCAGUCCCGCUAUCUGCCUGCCCUAUGGCACCGCUCCCACCUUGUUGCAGCCUGCAGGGGCUGAGGGUGAGCCCCACUUCACCCCCAUGCCACCGCUGCCUGGCCAGAAGCUGACAGAGGGGCAGGAGCUGUAUCCGUGUGCUGCUGAGAAGGGCUUUGCCCCCAAAGAGUCCCUACUGCCCCCCCAGCCACCCACGCUGGGCGAGCAGAGCUUCCCCUGUGCCCAGUGCACUGAGGGGUUUUGCCAGAAGGUGACCCUGCUCCGGCCACCACACCCUGAGGCUGCUGGUGGCUGCACUGCAGCGUUCAGCCACGGCCCACACCACCUCCUGGGGCACCUUGGAGUGCAGCCUAGCCUGGGCGAUGCCACUGCCCCAGCUCCCCCAGUGCCCGGGGCUGAGAAGCCCUUCAUUUGCAAUCAGUGUGGCAACAGCUUUGGGCUCUGGCUGGCACUGGUGGCUCACCAGAAGAGUCAUGGCGGGCAGAAGCCGUACAGCUGCCCUGAGCAUGAGAAGAGUUCAGGUGAGGAAGAAGAGCUGUCCCCUAAGGAAGACCCUGACAAGCUGGAAGACGGCAGGGCCUGGCUGUGUCCUGACUGCGGGAGAAGCUUCGCCCAGUACGAGCGGCUGGUGAAGCACCGGCAGAACCACCGCGGCCACGGGCCCUACCGCUGCGAUGUCUGCGGCAAGAGGUUCAGCCUGAAGACCAACCUGGUGACUCACCAACGCAUCCACACCGGCGAGCGCCCCUUCACCUGCGGUGUCUGCGGCCGCCGCUUCAACCAGAAGGGCAACCUGGUCACCCACUACCGCACCCACACCGGCGAGCGCCCCUUUGCCUGCACCCAGUGCGGCAAGCGCUUCGCCCAGAAACCCAACCUCCUGGCGCACCAGAAAACCCACAGCGGGCGCCAGCCUUUCUCCUGCCUCGAGUGCCCCAAGCGCUUCAAGAGCAAGCUGUCUCUGCGGGUGCACCAGCGCAUCCAUGCACCAGAGAGGCCACCAGGCCACCAGCACCCUGCCGCUGCCGCUACCGGGCACCCCGCCAGUCCCUACCCCUGCGGGGCGGAGCCUGGUGAGGAGCCUGGAGAGCUGCAGCAGCACCAGCAGGGUGUGGGUGGUGUUGGUGGUGGUGUUGAGGGUGUUGGUGGUACUGGUGGUGCUGGUGUUGGUGGUACUGGUGGUGCUGGUGGUGUUGAUGCUGUUGGUGGUUGUGUUGGUGGUGCUGGUGGUGUUGCUGGCGGGGUUGGUGUUGGUGGUGCUGGUGUUGGUGGUUCUGGGGUUGGUGCAGGGGUUGGUGUUGGCAGUGCUGGUGUUGCUGGCACAGUUGGUGUUAGCAGUGCUGGUGUUGCCGGUGCUGGGGUUGGCGCUGGGGUUGGUGUUGCCGGUGCUGGGGUUGGCGCUGGGGUUGGUGUUGCCGGUGCUGGGGUUGGCGCUGGGGUUGGUGUUGCUGGUGCUGGGCGGCCGCACGCCUGCAGCGAGUGUGGGAAGAGGUUCCGGCAGAAGGUGAACCUGGCGGUGCACCAGCGGACCCACACCGGCGAGCGGCCCUUCCGCUGCCCCGACUGCGACAAGGGCUUCAGCCAGAAAGCUCACCUGCUGCGGCACCGCCGCACGCACCCCGGUGCCACCCCCGUGCCCGCCUGCUGCCAGGGCGCCUGCCCGGCGCACUGCCAACGGCAGCUGCUGCCCAAGCCGCAGCCUGGCACUGAGCUGUGGGGCAAGUAUGGGGCCUGCGGGCGGAGCUUCGAGGAGAAGCGAGGGCUGCGGCUGCCCGAGCGGGCACACGGUGACCAGAAGCCCCCUCCCUGCCCCAGCUGCCUGUGA